CUUCAAUCUCUUGCUUUGGUGUUGCUUUGCCGGUUCUCACGUGGAAUUUAAAACUUUAUCUCAUCUCGAUAAUUAAGAAUGGGCCACGAUAGUUUCCGCAGAGGUGGAAAUCGCGGUCGCGGCCGAAACGAAUCCUCGUGGUACAAUAAACGUGGAAGAGGGCGUGGCGAUUCACGGAAUCGAAACAAAUCAAGACCUGCGAACAAAAAUCACGGUGAACAGCGUGAAUCUGUUGCGCUCUCGGACCUUAAGGAAGAACAGGUAUUCAUCACUGAGUACGUUUCCACCGGGAAAGGAUUCCGUGGAAUCCUGAAAUCAAGGUUUUCUGAUUUUCACGUAAACGAAAUUGACAUUGACGGCAAUGAAGCCGUGCUCACAGACAUGAACAUACCUGACACACCGAAAGAAGAAUUGCAGGAUACACCCAAUUCGGAAGUAGAGGGAAUGUUGACUCAUUUAAUAACAGCUGAAAAGCUGGAGCAAAUUCGGCAAGUGGCUGCAGGAAAAAGUGAAGCCGUUGUAGAAAUUGACGUAACGGAUCUGACCAAAGAGGACCGUGGAAAAAUUCACAACGGUACGAAAUCGUUAUUUGGGAAAGCCAUUGUUGGAUCCACAGUCACGCGAGGCGAUAAGAAGUACAUAUCUAUAGCAAGGUAUAAUUUUUUCAACCUGACGGACCGCCGGAGAAAAUGGCUCUGGCCACAUCCUUUCACGUACUUUUUGUUGUACAAAGAAAACGUGGAUACGAUACAGGCGGUUACUCAAAUGGCGGAACAGUUGAAGUGUUCUGCCUCGGCGUUUGCUUACGCUGGCACUAAAGAUCGCCGGGCUAAAACUACCCAGUGGAUUUGCAUACGACAAUAUGAACCUAGCAAAAUAGCAUCUGCCGUAAAGAAACUGCAGAAUGUAAAGAUUGGUAACUUUUGUUUCAAACCCAAGACGCUCAAGUUGGGCCAGUUACGAGGGAAUCGGUUUCGGAUAGCUUUGAGACAGGUUGCAGCAGAGGAGAGUAUUAUUCAAAGUGCAAUGGAGGAAUUUCGGGAUAAAGGAUUCAUAAAUUAUUUUGGAUUGCAGCGGUUUGGAAACAGUUCAGUCGUUCCAACUUACAGGGUCGGCAUAGAAAUUUUAAAGGGUCGCUGGAAGGAAGCUUGCGAUUUGAUACUUAAACCAAGGGCAGGGGACCCUUGGUUUAUCACAAAGAUGCGUGAAACUUGGGAGCAGACACGCUGUGCCGAGACUGCGCUGGCAAAACUCAGUCCACGCAACAAAGGCAUCGAGAAACAGAUACUAUUUUGGUUAGCAACACAUGAUAACGACUACAAAGGUGCAAUUCAACAUCUCGCUCGAAAUUUACGCAUGUUGUACUGCCAUUCGUAUCAAAGUCUUAUUUGGAAUAGGGUGGCCUCUCGCAGACUUCGAGAAUUCGGCUAUCAGCUUAUUCCGGGUGAUUUAGUUUAUGUAGAUAAUAUUACUGAUGUUGAGGCGGAACAAAACACAGUUGAUAUGGAUGUGGCAUUAGAACAAGCGAUAGAAUCGGACGUCAAACCCGAUGCGGAUGGUGAGGAACCGCCUGCCGAGCAGGUGUCUCGCUUCAAAGCGUUGGUAAAACCACUAACGGAAACUGAUAUAGCGUCCGGAACCUAUUCGAUUUUUGAUGUUGUAAUGCCAUUGCCUGGUCACGACAUUACCUAUCCUGCAAAUGCGAGUGGCAAAUGGUACGAGGAAUUACUGGCCGAGGACGGGUUGUCUUCGGAAAUGCUUCUGCGAAAGGCAAAGAAAGAAUCGCUUCCAGGUGCCUACCGAAAACUAUUCAUUCGACUGGAGAAGCUAGAAUGGAAAAUUGUAUCAUACGAGAAACCCACCGAUACUCUCAUUUGGUCUGAUUUUGAAAAACUUAAAGGAGACCAAGAAUCGGAAGUAAAAGGCGAAGCAUUUUACAAAGCCUUGUUGCUGGAUUUCCACCUGCCGUCGUCAUCAUAUGCGACUAUGGCUCUGCGCGAGAUAAUGAAGACGGACACUUCUGCUUUAUAUCAGCGAAUGGCGGAGAAGGAACUGUCGAACGAAGCGCUGAAAUCUGUUGAGACAGAACAAAACAUUGUUUCCGUUGACGACAAAGCACGUGAAAAACAAGAGGAAGAUAAUAUCGUAAAGGAUAACGAACAUACCGAAUCAUUUGUUGAGGCAAAUGAACCUGCCGAGAAGAAACCUAAAUUAGAAUAAAUUGCGUAAGAUUUUGUAAGAAUUUUGAGCAAAAGAUGCCUUUGAGAAUAUCAUAAUAGGAGCUAUCGUUCGCAGAUGAUCCAUGCAAUAAAAACAAUUGCUAUUUGCAUAUAGAAAGUA